AUGAUGCUGGGGGAGGAGAGCGAGUCAGCAACGUACUGGAAGAAAGCAGGAGACGAGGCCCUCGCAAAUGGCAUCAAAGGCGUCGUCAUGAUGGGUGCCCACUGGGCCGGGGUGAACGACAAAAUAAUGGUUGCCACAAAUCCCAAGCCCAACAAGUCACCGGUUGCAUAUGUACAUCCUUCCAAAUAUGCGGACUAUGAAUUGAACCCCGAUAUACUGACGGCAAAGCGAUGCCUGGACAUGUUACUGGAUGCGGGAUUUGACGCUGAAGAAGACACCAAAUUCGACUGGAUCCACGAUACAUACCUGGUUCUCAUCCGAAUGUUUCCCAACGGCUGUCCUCCUACCGUUCUAAUCUCUAUGAAUGCUCGAUACGACCCUCACUUUCAUGUUAGAGUCGGUGCUACACUGCGCCCGUUACGCAAAGAAGGCUAUUUGGUUAUCGGCUCUGGCGGAGCAGUUCACAAUCUUUACCGCAACGUGUGGGCACCCAUGCUCCAAUAUCGCAACAACUUUGCUCAGGAAACGCCGCCCGAGGCGUGGGCGCUAGAAUUUCGCCAGUCAGUCGAAGAUAUCAUCUGUCAGUCAUCAGGACCAAAGCUCCGGAGAGGUUUGACGAGAUUAAUGAAGCAUCCACAAUAUCGAGAGGCACAUGCAACUGACGAUCAUUAUAUGGCCGGGUUGUUUGCAGCUGGGGCAGCUGGUGACCCAGAGGAUGAAGGCGUUUAUGGGAAGCUGUGCGCUGAGACUUGGGAAUUGACCAAUAUGUGUAAUUCACAGUUCACAAUUGGUACCUACCUGAGAUCUAAAGCUUGA